UUAUUAUCAAUUUGGUACCAUCCAAAUCAUAGUCGCAAAGCCACUUGGCAAAAUCAAUAAUCCGUCUCAUUCUAACAAUACUUUCCACUUCAUCAUCUUCAAUUUCCACUUCAAAAUUGAACUCUUUUAGAUUUUGUUCCAGAGGCAAAAAUCCUUGCAGAUAUCUGUCUUCGUGCAGAGAACAUUUUGAAACUAACAAAAACAAUAAUUAAUAAUAAAAACUAAAACAAUAAUAACUAACAACAUACACUUGUUAUAAUUAAAUCCUAUUAGUAAUCCUUGAGCUGCAUUGACUAGUUUACACAAACUGGGCCAUAUUUGCAUUCUCUCCCUAAACACUUUACAUUUUAAAACAUUGACAUUAUUCUUCAAAAAAUACAUGAGCAGCUUAACAGCGGGCAAAGCAUAAUAAUUCGUCAGCCCUUCAUCAUUUUGUAAAGUAUAAACUGGCAUCAAAAAGGCACUCAAAGACCCAGCAAUCAAUUCCAAAAUUAAAUCUUUAACUUUAAGUUCAUCAUUGGUCAAAUCUCUACCCAAAUGUGUUAACGCAUACAAAUUAAUUAUAGUGAUUUUAAUUAGUUGUUGCUUUUUAAAGCUUUGGGUUGCUACAAGGGCUGUCAUUACAGAGUUUAAGCUUUGCACUUGCAAUUGGGCUUGUUUUAGGUCAGUUACAAUAUGAAAAUGCCCAUGGGCAGAAAGGAAUAAACGAAUAUAUUCAUUUACAGUCAUUUUAGUUUGUAUGUUUUCCAAAUGGCUUUCUUUAUCAAUGGCAUUAGAUAAAACAUUCAUAAGAUUAGCAGUAGAGGCUGGAAAAGGAUUUUUAACACAAAUGCCUCUAAUGUGAUAGAAAACUGUAGACAAUUUAUCCCCUUGGCUAGCCUCAAGCAAAGCUAAUUGAUUAUAAGGGUGGCCACUGUUAGGAGAAACUAAAAUUGCUUGUCUAUAAAAAGUCUCAGCUUGUUUUCUUUGAUUUCUAUAUCUAGCAAUGUCUCCUAAAUGCACCAAACAAUACUGGCAAAUAUACGAACAAGAAGCUAGUUGGGGCAUGUUAACUGGAUCACAUAUGGUUGUUUGUCCAUAUAUAAUCCCUCUACGUCUAAAUGGCAAAUCUAUAUCAAAAAUAUUACAUAAUUCUUGUAAUAGGGUUAAAUAAAAGCCAGAGGCUGCUUCUAAAGCCCAAGUUAAUAGGGCUUGAGUUUCUGAACGUUGUAAGUUCUUUUUGUCUCUUGCUUUGUUUUGUAAGUUGGUGAUGUAAGUUUUAAAUCCGAUAUUCCACAAGUCUUGUUCGACUUUUUUGUCUAGGGCGUAUUCCAGAUCGAGUACCAGUACCUGAUGGUAAAUGCUGAGCAGUUUUUGUUGGUUCGUCCAGGCUUGGGCAUCAUUUAACAAAUCAGAUUGUUGGAGGACUUUGGGUUUGAAAUCUUCCGCUUGUCUAUAAAAUUUGAGGUAAAAUAAAGAUUAAAAUUGCUCUGGUACUUACUUGAGGACUUGAAUUGCUGCUUUAUAUCCCAUUUUUGGUUUUUGAUUUUUCGAUAUAAUCGAAUUGAGGUUAUGGUUGAUUGUGAUAUCAAGAAUUUAUGGUUGUUUUUUUUUAGAUAUUAAUUAUUUUGAGGCAAUAAUUACCAGAAAUUGCAAUAGGACUUACUGAAAAACACAAAUAAUCAUUUUUUCUGCUUUUGAUAAAUUUGUCAGGUCUAAAAAUCAACAUUUCCAAUUUUGACAGCAAUGAUGGCAACACCGCAUAAAUAAUUUGAUGGAUCACUCUGUGUCUUUUUCUAUUAGUGUGUAAAAGAAAAAGAUGAAAAUACUUUUUUAUUUUCAAUUAAUUCUAAGCAGAUUAUUUGGCAACACUGUUGUUUGAUUUUUUUUAAUAAUAUUUUAGUUAUCUAUAAUCUGAAAAUCAACAAAAUAUGAAUAUUUAUUGUUAAUUAUCUCAUAAUUUAUGGAAAUUCUGUUUUCGUUUGCUUGAUAUUUUAAUCUGUCCUGUGUUGCAAGUAAGGGUCAUUUGAUAAAAGAGCCAGUGCAAGUUUUUGAAGAGAAAAAAUGCUUAAAUCCCUGUUUUUUGUAUCAAAUAAUGUCAGUUUUAGGGUAAUUAGGGAUAGAAGAAUAGGUUUAAGCACUAAAAAUGUUAAUAAAAUUCUUGUAUGUACAUUUGCCACUCAACCCUCCAACAAAAAAAUCUACAAAAACAUCAAAGAAGCGAUACACGACAUCCAAGACGAAUCCAAAUUACUAGUAGGCGGAUUCGGAUUAUGCGGAAUACCAGAAAACUUAAUUGGGGCCUUGCUACAGCACCAAGCCAAAAAUCUCACUGUGGUUUCAAACAAUGCUGGCGUAGACAAAUUCGGUUUAGGCUUGUUACUUAAACAGAAAAAAAUCAAGAGAAUAAUUGCCAGCUAUGUGGGAGAAAAUGCCGAAUUUGAAAGACAAUUCCUUGCUGGUGAAUUAGAAGUAGAAUUAACACCACAAGGUACUUUAGCAGAACGUAUAAGAGCAGGUGGUGCAGGUGUUCCAGCCUUUUUUACUCCUACAGCUUAUGGGACUUUGGUGCACGAAGGUGGUUCUCCCAUUAAAUACGAUGAAAAAGGAAAAAUUCAAAUUGCCAGCAAUCAAAGAGAAUCCAGGCAGUUUGAUGGCAAAGAUUAUAUUAUGGAAGAAGCUAUUACUGGAGAUUUUGCUUUGAUUAAAGCUUGGAAAGCCGAUCCUGCUGGAAAUCUUAUUUUCAACAAAUCAGCUAGAAAUUUCAAUCCUACAAUGGCUAGAGCGGCUAAAGUCACGAUUGUAGAAGUAGAAGAAAUUGUAGAACUAGGCUGUAUACCUCCAGAUCAAGUGCAUGUGCCAGGAAUUUAUGUAGAUAGGAUAGUUUUAGGGGAAAAAUACGAAAAACGAAUAGAGCGAGUUACAGUACAAAAACUCUCAGACAGCAUUGAGUCUGUAGUGAAAAAAAACCCUGCUGCUGAAAUAAGGGAGAGAAUUAUCCGAAGGGCAGCUUUGGAGUUUAAAGACGGCAUGUACGCUAAUUUAGGCAUUGGCAUGCCUAUGCUAGCCUCAAACUACAUACCAAAAAAUAUGGAAGUGUUUUUGCAAUCUGAAAACGGUAUUCUCGGUUUAGGACCAUUUCCACACUCCAACUGUGUGGAUCCAGAUUUAAUAAAUGCUGGCAAAGAAACUGUAACUGUCAUUCCAGGAGCUUCUUUCUUUAGUAGUGAUGAGAGUUUUGCCAUGAUUAGAGGGGGACAUGUAGAUUUAACUAUUUUAGGAGCAAUGGAAGUUUCACAAACGGGUGAUUUAGCUAAUUGGAUGAUACCUGGUAAAAUGGUUAAAGGUAUGGGUGGGGCUAUGGAUUUGGUAGCAGCACCUGGUACCAAAGUGGUAGUUUGCAUGGAACAUAAUGCCAAAGAUGGUGGCAAAAAGAUUUUGGAAAAUUGCACUUUACCUUUGACUGGCAAACAAGUAGUGGAUCUUAUUAUAACCGAAAAAGCGGUGUUUAAUGUCGAUAAAGAAAAUGGUUUGACUUUAAUUGAACUUGCCGAAGGGGUGGGUAUUGAAGAUGUUUUAAUGUCGACUGGUUGUAAUUUUGAGGUGGCUGAAAACUUAAAACCAAUGGGGCAAAUUCAGAUUGAUUAAUUUUAAAUGGGUUAUUGUUUAAAUUAAAUUAAGAAUCAAAUUGUUAUGAAAUUUUAUAAUUGUUAUUACAAUAAAGACUGUAUUGGAAAAAAUAAAUCAUAUUGUUAUUG